AUGGAUGUGAAUACUGAAACUCAAGUAAAUCAAUCUGAAGAGGUGGAUAUAGAUGAUGAACUUAUAGUGCAAGAGGUAGUAGGUGCAGUUACUAUUUUAGAUGAUAAACAUACCUUAAAUCAACCGAAUUACCAUUAUACAACUGUACUUUAUCCUGGCUGUGAAGACUAUGAAUCUUUAUUAAAUAUAACAGCUCCACUUUAUCGUGAUUUAAAAAAUUUAAAAGAUCAGGGAUUAUUAAUUAAUAAUAUAAAAUGGAAUUUUCAAUUAUAUUUCUCAUUUAAUUGGAAAUUCUUAGCAAUUUGUUUAGGUUUUAAUGGUGUUCACAGUAAGAAUUUCUGUCCCUGGUGUACAAUCAGCAAAUCACAACAAGGAGAUCUAUUUAAAAAAUGGAAUAUUAAUAAAGAAAUGGGUAAAUUAGUUGAAAAAAGUAAUUAUUAUAAAGGUCAUUCACGAAAACCACUUUUUGAUAUGAUACCUCUUGAUCACUGA